CUAGAAGUCUCAAACCCCUUUCUCCGGCAGAUGAGAGUGGUGCAGACGGCGGUUCAAAAUCUCCCUCCGGCGAACCACCUAUAAAGCUAAAAUCUGAACGGCGUUUAUACCUGCGUUCUCGAGAAUGGGGCGUGAAAUGGCGAUCUCACUGGAUGGAGUAAGGGACAAGAAUUUGAUGCAGCUGAAGAAGCUCAACACCGCCCUCUUCCCUGUCCGCUACAACGAUAAGUACUACGCCGAUUCAAUCGCCUCCGGCGAAUUCACCAAGCUAGCAUACUACAGUGACAUUUGUGUUGGUUCAAUUGCAUGCCGGCUUGAGAAGAAGGAAGGAAGUGCCGUGCGUGUAUACAUCAUGACCUUGGGAGUUUUGGCUCCUUAUAGAGGAUUAGGUGUUGGUUCAAAGCUGUUGAAUCAUGUUCUUGAUCUCUGUGCCAAGCAAAAUAUCAGUGAGAUUUACUUGCACGUCCAGACAAACAACGACGAUGCCAUCAAAUUCUACCAGAAAUUUGGGUUCCAGAUUACGGAUACCAUCCACAACUAUUACACGAACAUAACGCCCCCAGACUGCUAUGUGGUGACCAAGUUCAUCCCUCAAUCCCAGUCGAAUAAAUAGAGUGAUUCGGUUCAGAUUUUCCAAUUCCCAAAACUUGUGCUUUUUUGCUACUGAAUUGUUUUCUUGAAUCCCAUUGGAAUGCAAUUAGUUUUUUUUUUUCUCUGAAUGAAGAGUUGAUAUUCGAGUAGAAACAAAAAUUUUGUUCCAUUCAAGACAUUUGUUACCAAUUACAUACAUUAUCUGCCUCUGACCUCUUAAUG